UCAGACAUUUUGCAAAAACGAAACAUUUUAAUGCACUUUGAUUUCAAUAUUUAAUACCAAUAGAAGAAUAUUAUAUAUUUUGUGUACUCAAAACGCAAGAAAGCACGUUUGUAUAAACCUUGUGCAAGUAUUGUAUGUGAUGAGCAGUUAGAAAAACACUAAAAUAGAAACAUGAAUACAGAAGCAGCAUCAAAUUUUAUUAAUUCCUUGGUGAGAAAUCUACAAGUGUUGUGUCACAGUAAUGUAGAUUUCAGUGAAGAUGUUGAAGUUAUUGGACAUAUUUAUCUCAGUGUUGAUAAGUCUAAAAAAUUUAAUUAUAUUGUUAAUGAGAAAGUGUGUAAGAGUGACGAUUCAUCAACAGUUUUUGUUAGUAACAGUUUCCAUGCUGAUCAAAAAAAAAAGGAAAAAGAGACUGCACCAGCCAGAACCGGUCAGUCAGACUCAGGAAAUGAUGAAAGAGAUACGAGACAUAAAAGACAUGCAAAUUUUGGUAACGAAAGAACACAAUACCACCAUCAAGGCCCACACAUAGGAAAUAAUAAACGCUCAACACAACAUUUCUCACAAUCAGAAUACUCCUCCCCACCACAGAAACAGAGACGACAUAAUCCUGAAAAUAGACUUAAUACCCCUGUUAGUAGAGACUCAUUUUCUGUAAAAUCUGAAACAUCGGAUGCUAAUAGUGCUUUAUCAUCUCCCCACCAUCAAUCAUAUCAGUCUCCAUCAAAAUCUUCACCGGCUAAAUCCAGUACCCCAUCAUCAGAUCCUGUAGAUAUAGAUUUAACUAGUAUAAAAGAUGAACCUAUUGAAGAUAAAAGUUGUAUAUUUUCGUCCGAUUCUUCAUGGAAUCAACAAUCAAUGAUGGAUCAACAAUUACAUGGUAAUCAACACAAUAGAUCUAGAUUAGGUUCAUCUAGUAAUUAUAGAGAUCAGGGGGAGGAACAGUUUGGAAUUUAUCCAGUAGCAAUGCAUCAGAUAAAUACUUCUGAUGGUCAGUUAAAUAUAGAAGCUUUAUCUCAAAUGUCUAGUAGUAACAACCCAUCAACAAGUGGAGAAUUAUCAGAUCAGCUUAUGUCAAUGGUGCCAGCUGAUAUACUGAAUGUGAGGCGUCGAACUGAAUUAUCGCUGUCGGAUAAAAUACGUUUACUACAAGCAUCUGAGGCUAACCCUAAACCAUCCCAAACAGAUUUGGCGGAACAGUUCGGUAUAAGCCAACCUACUGCUUCCAAUAUUAUUAGAAAAAGAGAAUAUUACAUAGACCUGUACCAAAGAAAAAAACAAGAAUCCAAGUCCAAAGAAUUUCUGUAGUUGAUUUUGUAUCUUAGUGGUUGCCCAAGAAAUUUAUGUGGAAGAAUUUCAAUUCUGUUGUGUGUGUGUCAAAAAGUGUUGCGUAUGUUCUUAUGUGUACGUUCAUUGCAAGAAUUCUCUCUUUCCUAAAUGAAUUGCAUUAAUGAUUAACAACCGAAUAUGUUGACUAAGAAAAGAUUGUGAAUCGUGUUAUUAAACAUCAAAAAUCAUUAUAACAUGGAAUUUAUCUUGAAUUUGACACUUACUUUUUACGAAUUGAAAAUGUCUUCUAUGACUAUUUGGAGGCAGGGGUGAGAUUUUGAGAAUUUGCACAUCGAUUCCGCCCGUUAAACAGCUUCAAUUAUGAUAUGUUCAUUAUUUACAUACAGUAUCACGUACCGAAAUAUUUAGAAAUAUCGAUACGUGCUAGCUCGAUUGAUUUGUACACAAUUUUGAGAAAGUAAAUCCUUGAGAUGCGUUUUGGAAGGUGAAAUAGACUUUUGGCAAUACAGCAAAAAGACGACGAUGUUAUACGGACCGUUUUCAGCAUGAAAGCUGUUCGAUACGCGCUGUCGUAUCCGUGUGCCGUAUCACGUAUGAAAAAUACACACGCAUUGAUGACGUCAUACACAAAAUCGAUACGGAUACGCGAUACGGACCAGGAAUUUACGCUUGCCAAAAGUCUCUAUUGAUUCAGCUUUCGAACCGUGUAUAACUGUAUAAUGUAAAGUGCAAGAGAGUAGAUGGGGUUGUUUUUCAACGCAAAUAAUGUUAACAACUGGCACUGACAAAUAUAAAAUGUAUACGAAUAUGUCUAGUAGUAGGCUUUUUGACAUUGUGAUUAAUCAAACAGUAGAAAUAGAAAGAGUAAUUUCACCACUGCUUAUACAAGCUCUUAAAUUGAUUGUUCUUGUUUUAUCAUACCCAAGUAAUAUGUUUAUUUAAUAUCAUGCUUAAUAACCAUAAAUAAAAUGAUCAAAUCCAUCAGUUAACCACUAAAAAGAAGACCAUUAACUUUAGCGUUUUUAAAAAUAGAUUUAUAUUAUAUACUAACUAAAGAGCAAAAAAACAAAAAACCCCAAAAACGGCAGUGCGAUUUCAAAAUCAGACAGGCACUUUAAUCAAAUCAUUCUAGAAAACGACUUACUAAAUGGAUCAAAGCAAUUUUUUGUGAACAGUAUGUUGACACAUAGUGAUUAAUUCAUUAAUUCAUCCCGUGUACAAAUUGGCCUCCACGUAAAAGAUCCCUUGACAGUUGGAAUUCCCUCAUAGCAGACUGUUUGGCGUAUGCCCGUCUUCAUUAGCCCAGUUCGGAGCAGAACAGUAGGACGUUAAACCCCAUUUCAUUUCAUUUCGUGUCCACCGCGAGUGUCAAUAACAGCAGCGCAGCGUCUGUACAUGGAGUGGACCAGACGAUUGAUGAACGCCAUUGGCACCUGGAACCACACUCAAAAAAGCCUGGCGCAAUCCAUCGGCUGUGUUUGGUCUCGGUACAACGUUAUUAAGUCUCCUCUCAAUUUCAUCCCAAGGAUGUUCAAUCGGGUUUAAGUCCGGACUAAGGUCUGGCCAGUGCAUAACGUUGACAUCGUUCUGCUGUAGAAAGUCCCAAGUAACUCUGGCGGUGUGGGCACGGGCGUUGUCAUACUGGAAAACGUUGAACUCGAUGACGUGCGAAAUGUACUAUGACAUGGGGUCUGGCAGCUUGAUCCAUGUAGCGCACUGCUGUGAUGGCGCCUCCUCUCCCUGGACCAAUAUUUUGGAACACCACAGGACCCACUGUCUGGUUCAGGCCGAUUCCACCCCAAAAUCGACUCUCAUCUGUGAACAGAACAGUUCCCCCAUUGCCUGUGUCGCCAGUUCUGGUGUUGUAGGGGAAACUGUAGACGUUCACGUCGAUGGCGAGGGGUGAGGAUCGGUCCACGGUAAGGUCCACGGCAAUGGAUGUUCUCUCUGGUGAGACGUCGGCCCACUGUAUCGGUACUGAUGAGUCUUCCGUGUGUUCCCACUGUCUGACGUGCUGUCUCAGAUUCCUGUGUGAAGGGAUUCUGCACGUGCUAUCGCACAACAUGGCGGUCUUGUCGCCUUGUGGUAGCCCUUGGUCUACCAGUUCGGGGGCGAUCAUCCAUGGUGUUGGUGGAACGAAAGCGUUGCCGAAGCCUGUAGAUGGGCAGUGUGGCCAGCGUCGAGUCUUCCAAGCUCCUGGUUCCUCUGAGCUGUCGUGAGACGUGGCAUGCUGCUGACGUUGCAGUGUAUGGGUGGAUUUUAUAGGGCUGGUCCCGAUGAACAAACAGCACGUGCAGCAUGAGUUACAUGAAAAUCAUGGAGAACACAUUACCAUCUCAGAAGUCAGUUUGCGUUUUUGAGAACAUUUCCUGGGUUUUAUUCUGUGUUUGGGAAGGAGCCUUACUGCUCAGGUAAAGGUGGAGAUGUGGUCACAAAUAUACAAUAAAACAUUUGGCAAGUUUUAUGCAAUGCGUCUAUUCAGAGUAACAUACCAACCUGACGUUUCUUUUGCUGCUUAGUAUAGUAUAGGUUCUAUCCAUAGCGUUAAGACCAUUUUGUUCACGAUGUGCGGAAUGUCUGGGACACCCUAUGCUGCAUGUUUAUGGGGGAUCAUUCGGGCGAUUCCUUGGCAUAAUGGAUCGUGGCAUUAGGUUUCAUCACAUAAACAUUGUGUUUUAAAUUCAUGUCAAUCAGGAAAUAACUUUAACCACUGGAUGAUACAAGAUAUUUAAAAAUGAUCAAGGGUAAUAACUCGAAAGUAAUUUCAGACUUCCCCAUUUCAUGAAGACAAACAUGGUGUGUAAAAAAAUAAAGGCAUUCGAAAAAAUAAUUUUAUAAUCUUGAGAUUCUAAGACUGUUUAAAACUAUUAAGGGCAAAUUAAUAUACUUCGCCAUCCCCUGGCGUACUGUGCAUAAAUUCAAAGUCAAUGGUAAGAUAACUUUAGACUAUCAGAAUAAUUAAAGGUAAUAAUUCUGGCAGUAAUUAUCGGAAAUAUUUGAAAAUCAAUAUACUUCUUCGUUCCAUGACCAAAAACACGGUGUAUAAAUCUCAAGAAUGAUCGGAUAAUUACUUUAGCCUCCAGAGCGCCCACGGGAUUUUUCAAAGUGACCAAAGGCUAACCAAGGGCUAUAACUCUGUUGUAAAUAGUCAAAAAUCAAUAGCAUUCUUCGUCGUAUGGUCAUAAACACCGUGUCUCUAGAGUGGACGCAAGAUUUUUCAAACUGAUCAAAGGGCCGUAAAUAAGUAUUAGAAAAAUAAAUAAAUGUGUUUGAAGCAUAUCUGGAUAAACAAUAUUUCCUAUUUAGUGUAAAUGGGUUUACGUUAUGCAAACAUUGCCAGCGCUAUCGAGCCAAUGAUCGGCGCCAUGUGAUGUGACGUCACGCGUAGAAUGCAUAUGAACUUUAUAAAGGUCAGUCAUCUUACAUAAAGUUAUAAGAAGGCUUUCGCAAUACCUCUGUGAAACAGACUGAUUCCUUAUUAACGCCAUUUUCUAUGUUGUCUUUAUCUUAACAGCAAAAUGUGUGUAGUAUCAUAAUUAUCUUUUUGUGAGGAAAACGUCUAUAAUGUAUAUGACUGUGGCAUAAUGUAUAGUUAUUUCUGAGUGUAAAAAUCCCAUCAAAUGACGAGAGUAAAUAAUAUCUCUUUCAGAGUCAGAUAGAAAACUAAUUGAGCAUCUUAACGUCGACAUUUUUUUGUGCUUACAGAUAAAACAGAUGAUACCAAUAAUUCCAACAACAUUGUUGUUUAUUACGGCGAAGAAAGUUUCAAUUUUGAAACUUUACGGAGAAGAAAUAAAAAAUAUACAAUGGAAGAAAAGAUGCAAGCUCUAAGAUCAGCUAAAGAAAGGGGGGUAGUAGUCACUUGUAAAGAGCUACAGAUACCUCAUAGUACACUUUGCACAUGGAAAGCAACAUUUAGGAAGAUAUAUGAAGACUUAUCGUAGCAAUAAUUGCCGUCUUUCAAAUUUUAAUGUUGACUGGGGAUAUGAUUUUAAAAGAAAAUCAAAGAAAAUUAUCAAAGUGUUUUGUAGGGACCUAAAUCAUUUCUUGUUUAUGUACCUGUGCACCAGUGAUAUUUUACCAAAACAAAUGAUUACUUUUACAAAAAAAAGAAAAGGUGUCAGUUUCCGCCUUAGUCUAUAAUUGUGAAAUAUCAUUAUUAUAUUCGUAUAAUCGUGUCAAAAAGUUGAUUUAGUGCACUAACUAACAUUCUCUUGUUUCAAACAAUCGCGAUAUAUCGAUUACCAAUGGCCAUCCUUCUGAAGAAGAGAGACCUUGUGCAUCUCGUGACUGAUAGUUACUAGAUUAAAUAGAUUAAAUGAAUGGUAAAAUGUAUAUGGCUAAUAAGUGACAUGAAUAUGCCCUGUGUUUAUCUAUUUCAUUAUCCUUUUACAAGUUAAUCCGAGCGCCUCCCAGCUGGAAAAUUUUAAAAUGUUCGAAUUAUCUCGAUAACGCGACUGACAGUAGAUACCAGUAUUAUUUAUCCUCAGAUUUCCGUAAUCGAAAGUUAGUUAUGGUCAAGUUUUCUCUUUCUCUGUUGACAUUAAUUCACAAUUUACAGUCUGUGAUGGGCCAUAUUCCUUACGCAAUGGCCCGAGAAAUCCCUCUCUGGCCUUUGCUGGAUUGGCUUCGGAUUUUUGAGCUUUUGAGGAAGUGUGUCUAUUCUUCCCGUUCAAUCAAAUCUAUCCCAACUACAGUAACAUGACAGCCCUUCGUUUAAUCUUGGGUGUUCCCUAAAACUUUGGACAGUGAUUUAAGCUAUUAAAAACGGUGAAAGUAUUAUUAGUCUCCAAACAGUAAAAUUUACAUUGUAUCCGCUUUGAUAGUCUCGUUUGUCACGCAAUUAGUUUUUCUGCAAUAUUCUGCUAUGCACUGGUUAUUGAGCGUAAUACAAUCGUGAAUCAUGACGUAACGUUAUGUAAACUUGGUCCAAUUUGGAGCUUUGUUUAAAGCAUAAUGAUAUUGUUACGCAGUUAGCUAUUGGUUGUUAAUCGGACUAUUGACCUGUCAUAAUUUAGAACAGAAAUUUGCUUCCAUUACAGCAGUGUUAAGUGGGAUUAGCUCUAAUCAAAUGAAACACUGCGAGGAGCAGGGCUCGCACUGCCGGUCGUCAAAGUCGCAAUUUGCGACAAAAAUAAUUAUGAAAUUGGCGAAUAAAAUUUGAUUUUGGCGAUAUACAAAUAUAACUGAAACUUAUAUCAUUCUAUCAGGGAUUCAGAUUCUGAUACCUUUAAGGUAUCUGAAAAUAACAAUAGGCCUAUUGUACAUGCAAAUCAUAAAUUUAUAGAAAAUUGGCAAUCCUUGAAUGAGAUCUGACGUGUAAAUACUGAAAAUAUAUUUUACAGUGCGGUGUGUAAAUUGACUAAAGUCACCAAAAAUAAAAUCUGUACUUAAGUAAAUCAAAACUGUGCUAAUGUAUUAUGUAAAGACAGAUUUUAAAAGUUGUUGUAUAUUGUAUUGUAUAUAUCGAUAAUUGUUUUAUAAUAAGCCCAGCUGAGACAUAAAAUUGUA